AACAGCAGGAAAGGCGAAGAAGACUAGUCUGAAGGAUUACAAAAGACUCACAGACAAAUUUGCAGUUUUUCUUGACACAAAACUUGUGAGAGCUUCAGGUCCUCUGGACGUUCUUCAACUGAGACUGGAGAUAUUUUGACAGAAAAGGAGAGAAUAAUGGCAUCUGCAAGCAGCAAUGAGUUUUAUCUUAUUGUUCCUAAUGAAUCUCAGAGUGCUGAGGUCAAACUGGGGUCUGAUGUCACCAUACCGUGUCAUCUGUCACCUGAAAUCAGUGCUGUUGACAUGGAGAUCAGAUGGUUUAAGGAGACAGACUGUGCUUGUCUCUAUAAGAACAAAGAGGUAAUAGAAGGGAGGAGCUUUGAGGGCAGAACAGGUCUGUCCACUGAAGAGCUGAACAAAGGAAAUGUGUCCUUGAACUUCAGAGAGUUCAAAGAAUCAGAUAUGGGGGUUUACUUGUGUCAGGUCAUCAGUGAAGACAGAACAGAGGAGAUAACAAUAGAAGUAGAAGAAAGGAAAGAUUCUGAUGGCCAACCUGUGAAUCAGUCAUCAAAGAUUCAAGGUAGACAAGUUCAUCUGAUACUACAUGAGUCAAACAGAACAUGGAGGGAGAAUCAGAGAAUGAAAAUGGAGGAAUCUGCUUUAAUGAUAGAGUUUGAAGUGAAUUAUGUGAAGGUACUUCACCAAACUAUAUUCAAGGUUUUCAAAAAUCAAGGGAAAAAACUGGAACAAACUGAACUACAGUUAAAGGAAUCAAAGACUGACUUGGAAAGAGUCUUACAACAACUAGAAACAAUCACAGAAAAAUUCGGCCUCCUAGAAAAUAAAAAAGACCUUAAUAUGAAAGAAUCACAGAUGCAACAAAUAGAAAAACAACUGCUACAAAUAACCAAAUACACUGAAGAGAAACAGAAUCAGCUUGAGGAGAAAGACACACAACUGGAGAAUAUGAGCAAACAGAUAAGCGAAAAAGAGAAACUGCUGGAGAGCACAAUUAAAGAGAUGGAAACCAGUAAACAACAACUAGAGACAUUGAGACAGGAGCAAAUGAGACAGCAGGAAUUGUUGGAGAAGAAAGAACAGUUGAGGAUUUCAGAGUUGAAUGACAAAUCCAAAUGUCUUGAGGAAACAAAAUCUCUUCUAGAAGAAAGAGAAGGAAAGAUUAAAGAUCUGGAGAAAGAGAAAGACAGACUUAAUGAAGAACUUCAAAACAAGGACAAACGUCUUAAGGACAUGAAUGCUAAACUGAUACAAACAGUCAGAGAGGUUGAAAAGAAACAGAAUCAGCUUCAGGGGAAACACACACAACUGGAGAAUAUGCACAAAAUGUUGAGUGAGAAAAUGAGACACCCAGAGAACAAAGCGAAAGAGCUGGAAGCCAGUCAACCAGAUGAACAGGAAACUAAAAGCAAACUGGAGAAAUAACAGCUGAAGUGUUCAAGCCAGAUUUUUUAAAAUACUAUAUGGUGGCAGCUUCUUUUUGAGGACAUGCAUUUAGGGUAAUGUUUUUAACAAUCUGUGUCUAUGAAUAUAAACAAAAUAGAAAAGCAUUUUCUAUAAAUUUCCUAUACAUUUUCAGACCAAAUUUAAACGAACAACUCGACAAUGAGCAUACAAAUCCAGUAGAAAGAGACAACUUUUCUUUUUUUCUUUUUUUUUUUACUGUAUAUUGUACUGAGAGAUAUUCUUCAAAACUUAAGAUUUUAAUAAUUUAAUUUAAUUUUUAUAUAAUUCGGAUGACAAAUAAUGUACGCAGUUAUAAUUUAUACAUACAUUAUAAAUGGCAAUAAUUGCAAUGUUGUGGUUGUUCAUUUUAAUAGGCUAGGUAUUUCAUUUGUUGGUUGUGUUACUUCAUACUUCUACUAUCUGCUACUGUGCCUAUAAUGGUAAAUGUGUGUGUCUCCCACAUCUAUAAAUGAUCUAUAAAUGACAUUUAUAUCUAUAGAUCAGUGGCGUCUCCUUUUAUUUAACUGUGUUCAUGUAACAGGGUCAUGACAUUUCCUCAGGUUGCUGCAGGUUGCUGCAAGUCGCUGGUGGUGUGAAUAGGGUUUGCAGUUUAGUUUACAGCUAGUUAACCCAGAAGUUGGCUAUGCAAAAAGCAGCAGAAACUACCCUUUGAAAACAGGAUGAGCCUGAAG